AAAAAUAUCACCAGAGAUCGCCAGAGUUUUCUUCAAUCAAUCUCUCUCCUUAAGAUCCGAUUCGAUGCCGUCCCGUAGACGUACUCUCCUGAAAGUCAUCAUCCUCGGUGAUAGCGGGGUGGGAAAAACCUCUUUGAUGAAUCAGUAUGUUAAUAAGAAGUUCAGCAACCAGUACAAGGCAACCAUUGGAGCUGACUUCUUGACCAAGGAAGUUCAGUUUGAAGAUCGACUUUUCACUUUACAGAUCUGGGAUACAGCUGGACAGGAAAGGUUUCAGAGCCUUGGUGUAGCUUUUUACCGUGGUGCUGAUUGCUGUGUUCUUGUAUAUGAUGUCAACUCCAUGAAAUCAUUUGAAAAUCUGAACAACUGGAGGGAAGAAUUUCUGAUCCAGGCGAGUCCAUCAGAUCCGGAGAAUUUUCCAUUUGUUCUAAUCGGAAAUAAGGUUGACGUGGAUGGCGGAAACAGCAGAGUGGUUUCAGAGAAAAAAGCUAAAGCUUGGUGUGCUUCAAAGGGGAACAUUCCUUACUUUGAGACCUCUGCCAAAGAAGGUACUAAUGUGGAGGAAGCUUUCCAAUGCAUUGCCAAGAACGCGUUGAAGAGCGGAGAAGAAGAAGAACUAUACUUGCCAGACACAAUCGAUGUCGGUACGAGCAAUCAACAGAGGUCUACAGGGUGUGAAUGCUAAGGAGUAUCACCAGAAGGAAACGAGGCCUCUCCUCCCAUUAUCUCUUUUCACAAGUUAUCUCUAAACUAUUAUUAUGUUGUAAAUUUUUUCUUUUGUGUGGAAAAGGGAUGAGAGAACAAAAAAAGAAGGAACCCUAAAACGAGAUUUGUUUAGUGUUAUUUGUGAGCUUUUAAUUCAUCAUGCUUGCUAUAUAUACUCUCACUCACUUUCAUAGUAAUAUAAAGUGAUGUUGCUU